AUGGCCUACAGUAAUAAUGCAUCACCGCUCGGAACUUACAACGUGCAUUCCUGUAAUGUGCUUUACAGUCGAGCUAAGCGUGAUCACACAGAACUCGAGAAUGGAUAUCAACUCUGGUUGGCUCAAAGAGAGAAGAAGAGAAGAGGAUUUAUCACCCAGCUAGAUAGACAAAAUGCCGUCUUGGCUUCGUUGGACGGAGCCGAUCAAUCUUCAUCGUCUCUCAAGAAACGCAAAGCCGCGGAGGCUUCAAUGGCAAAAACUCAAGCAGAGUUGGACAAGAUGGACAAUGAGGAUCAAGAAACUGCAGACCCGGAGAUCUUAAAGCGAUACCCGCACUCAAUCACCGCUCAGCGUCCAGCAUACCGCCGGCUGGCCUACCAACUUGCCGCUGAACGGUCGGAGGCACGCAUCAAAAAGGCUGAAGAAGCGCGAGAACUCGCUUUAGCUCAGCAAGCCGUCGACAAAGCGCUAGAAGGGCACUCCAUCAACGACCAACCCGCUUCCGGAUCAGGUGCUCCGGCUGAGCAAGAAUAUGAGGAAGAGGGAGAAGAGCCGCAGCAGGAGGAAGCCUCCUACGAUGAAGCCCCAGAAGAUCAACCUGCAGCUGCUGCUGCCCCACCUGCCGCUCGACAAUCCACACGAACAGGAUUUGCAUCUGGGGUGAAGAUUGACUCCUUCUUGGCCCGACUGAAUGGUCCACCUGGUAGUAUGACUCGAAAAGUGGGCAUGAAUCGACCAGUACCACAAGAGGCCCCGUCAACAAAAUGGACUUCUAAAUGGGGUCUACACGAUGUCAGGGCAAGAUACUCGGAAUUAGUACUUUUCACAUUUGAAUAUUAUAUUUUUCAUUACAAGACACGUGGGCCGACGUACUAA